GUGUGUGGUGUGUGUGUGUGUGUGAGAAGGUGGGUGGACUGGCUCCGGCCGGCCAGCCAAUUAGCUCGUUGUCAUGUUGGCACAGGGCGCUCGCUCAUCAGGGCCGGGCGCGCGCAGAAGCGACGAAUAGCCGGUCCUCCGGCUCGCUGGGCAGCUCUCAAGCUCGGAAAUCAGCUAGCAUAUUGGUAGGCUCCAAAGGAGCCCAUGACAUUCCCGGAGACGCUUAUUGCCCCUACACGGGGAGAUCCACGCCCGGGGGAACCCGGCCGCCUGGGUAACCCGGCCGCCGCCCAGCCGGAGCCAGUCCACUCACCUUCACACACGCACACACGCACACAUACGCACGCAGCUGGGCCGGUCCGGCUCAUGUCGACUCAUCGCCUCUGGGGAAGCGAGUGUCCCCCCUCCUCCCCCUGGCCCGGCCACAUUUGGGAUUAUGAGACGCUUCGAAAGAGUCACCAUUUAUUGCUCCCCCCACCUAGCGGCAUUUCCGCCGCCCCCCGUGCCCCGUCCCCCCCGCCGUCCAGCUAGCCAGGGACCGGGGUGGACUCCGACCCCCUUCAUGGACCCGGCCCGGAGCUGUGUCGCCUCGGUGGGGUGACAAGCGGCGAAGGCGCCCCAAAGCCGCCGGCCCCGUCCUGCCCCCCCCCCCCCCGGAUCACGGCCGAAUGGCA